AUGAAAGCUAUGUUCUUGUCAGUGGGUAAAGCUCCAGUUUCCCAAUAUUCAUAUGGUUCUUCUAGUUCGAAUCACAGAAGCACUCAAUUUCCACAGAGAGAACCGAGGGGUGAAUGGAUUGGGCUGGGGUACAGUACAGAGGUGGGUGCAGUGGAGGAGAUGGCUGCCAUGCGGUGGAGGAAGAGGGAGAAGGGUGGGAUAUGCGUGUUGAGAGGGAAGGGGUUUGAUAUUUGUUAA